GCCACACCCAGUCAUCAUCCGGCAUUGCGUACUCACUCUGGACUCAGUCUCAGAAGACUCCAGUCACGUCUGCUCCGUUCUUCACAGAGCGUAGCGUGACAUCAAGUCUUGAGCCGCGCACCGCUCGCAGAGGGCUCUUACAAUCUCCCUCGAGCAUUACCUAUUGCUUGUGCUGCGGUCCCUUGGCUUCUCACUUGCUAGACUCUUCAUUCAUAAUCUUGCUCUGAGUCCCUGGAUCAAGUCCAUCAGUGCCUCUAUUCGCGAAAUCCUCACUGGGCGGACUGUCGCUGCAACCUCCCUCGCGCCUCGUCUCCUGGCACCUGCUCUCACCCCAAUUCUAGCUCCGAGGUCGCCGGAGGAAGAAGAGCAAUUUGCCAGCUUCGACUCAGUACAGACAGCAUGAACAGCAUCAAUGAUACCCACAUGAGCUCUCUGAGCAGCGCUGCUGCGGACAUUCCGUCAUCAGCUGCUGAGCUGCCCAAACCCGUGUCAUCCGACACCAUCUCGCAGUCGCAAUCGCAGUCUUCUUCACUCGUCCUGUGCCACAGACCGGCACCACCAGCCUUCAGCGAUGAAGAUGGCGAUGCAACUGGUUCUAUCAAGUCGGAGUUGAGCUCGAUUGCGUCCGACUCUCCUGGUCCAAAAGCCCCUUCCUCUUCUUCGAGCUCCCGCUCUGCUUCGCCGUCUCGGAUGCCGAACAGUGGGCGCCCACAUAUCGCUGCGCUAGGUGAAACAUCAGCACAGGGCUCCAUGCGGUCGGGAAGCGUCUCUUCUGUUUCAAGGUCACCUUCCUAUACGUCUCGACCCGAACCACGCAAACCUGCGCAGCGCUUGAACGAAGCAGCUGCUAAUCCAGAGCUGUAUGGCCUGAGGCGUUCGGGUCGCGCAACAAAGCAAAGUUACAUCGAUAGCUCCAGUGGCGAGGAUGACGACAGCGGCGAUGCUCUUCCUGGCAGAGCGUCGCGCAACGUGAAGUCCGCGAAACGUGCAGCCGCACUGAAGUCGAAAGCGAGGGAAACUUUUCGCAGUGCAGCCAGAGAUGAUGGUUCGGAGAGCUCAGACGACUAUGCACAGCGAACCCAUCGGAAGGCAGGGGCGCCCAAAGCUGGCACGCGCCGCACAGUGGGCAGGCAUCGCAAUCAACGUCCCUCGCCUAACGAAGACGAAGACUCCGCCGACAUUGCGAGGAUACCCUCUAGAGGGAACCGCAAGCCAAAUUACAACGAGGACCAGCUGGGUCUGUCGUUCGAGUCUGAUGACGAUCCCUUUGAGGACCGGGCGACGGAAGCAAACGCAGCGUACAUGCAGGCGCUGCCAGAUGGAGAACUGGAGGCCAUCGAGGGAGUCUUUGGCCACACCCGGGCUCAGGAUUUUCUCGACGACAAGGAGGACCUUCCAACAAAGAACAUGGUGUACACCAUCAAAUGGCAGGGUUAUUCUCAUCUCCAUGACACCGAAGAAACUUACGACUUUCUGAUCAAAAGCGGCUACGGAGGCUUGAAGCGGCUAGAGAAUUACAUUCGGCAAAUCGUUCGACCUGAAAUUGAAUUGCUCAAGAAUCCAGAGACAAGCAGAGAGGAUGUGGAACUGCUCCACAUUGACAAGGAACGGCAAAAGGACGCUGUCGAGGGGUUCAAAGUGGUAGAAAGGAUAUUGGACCAACGCCAGAAUGAGCCCAGCAAGGAUCAUCCAUACUCACACCUCGCCUACUUCUGCAAAUGGAAGGGCUUGUCUUAUGCGGACUGCACCUGGGAAGCCAACGAAGAUAUCAAAGAUGAGGCUUCGAGACCCAUCCAAGCAUAUUUGAAACGAGUGGCUUGCAAGACUAAGCCUGAACACAGCCAAGCCUACCACCGAGGUCGACCCGUCUACACUAGAAUGACGGAGCAGCCGACAUACAUCUCGCCAGGAGGGGAGCUCAAGCCUUUUCAAAUGCGUGGCUUGAAUUGGCUUGCAUACCUCUGGUCUAACAACCAGAACGGCAUCUUGGCAGACGAGAUGGGCUUAGGCAAAACAGUCCAGACCGUUGCUUUCUUGUCCUAUCUCUUCCACUCUCAGCAUCAGUACGGCCCCUUCCUCGUAGUCGUUCCCCUGUCCACGCUCCCGGCCUGGAUGCAGCAGUUUGAGGUGUGGGCACCGGAUAUGAACGUCGUCAGCUACAUCGGCAGCGCCAAAAGCCGUGAGAUCAUCCGCGGCUACGAAUUUGGAUCACAAAAACGACUCAAAAUCAACGUUCUCGUGACCACGUACGAGUUCGUCCUCAAAGACCGAGCCGACUUGAGCUCGAUCAAAUGGCAAUUUCUCGCUGUUGACGAGGCGCACCGGUUGAAAAAUUCAAGUGCGCAGCUAUACGAGUGUUUGAUGUCUUUCCACACUGCAAACAAGCUGCUCAUCACUGGUACACCACUCCAGAACAAUAUCAAAGAAUUGAUCGCCUUAAUGCACUUUCUGCGCCCGGAUGAAUUUCCUUUGGAGGUCGACUUCGACACCGAAAAUGUCGACCCUGCAUCCGUUCGAGCGCUACACGAGAAGCUCGACAACGUCAUGAUCAGAAGACUUAAGAAGGAUGUCGUUAAAGAGCUGCCGACAAAAUCAGAGAAGAUACUGCGGGUGGAGAUGUCCUCCAUGCAGCAAAGAAUGUACAAGGCAAUCUUGACGCGCAACUUUUCCCUUCUCAGCCAGUCGUCGUCAGCUCAAUUCAGCCUGCUCAAUAUCGCGAUCGAGCUCAAGAAGGCGUCGAAUCAUCCGUACUUGUUUGAAGGAGCAGAGGUCCCGUCGGAGAAGCGCGAGGAGACCCUGAAGAAUAUGGUCAUGCACAGCGGCAAGAUGGUCCUCGUCGACAAAUUGUUGACGCGUCUGAAGCAAGACGGUCACCGUGUCCUCAUUUUUAGUCAAAUGGUGAGAAUGCUGGACAUACUGUCUGACUACAUGUCACUACGCGGAUACAUCUUCCAGAGGCUUGACGGCACCAUCUCGUCAGAGCUCCGCCGCAAGAGCAUCGAGCAUUUCAAUGCUCCUGAUUCGCCAGACUUUGCCUUUCUGCUUUCCACGCGUGCCGGCGGUCUCGGUAUCAAUCUGGAGACGGCAGACACCGUCAUCAUCUUUGACUCUGAUUGGAACCCUCAAAAUGACCUGCAGGCCAUGGCGCGUGCGCAUCGACUCACAUCGAAGCACCACGUCUCCGUUUUCCGCUUGGUCACCGCCGACACAAUCGAAGAGAGCGUCCUCGAGAAGGCUCGUCAAAAGAUGCUUCUCGAACAUGCUGUGAUUGCCAACCUCGACACUUCAGGUACAGACUACGAGGCUGGAAAAAUUGCGAAGGCGUCCAAAUCCGCCAACAACCCGUCGCGUGACGAGCUUGCUCAGAUCUUGAAGCUUGGAGCUCAGACGCUGUUCCAGAGAGGCGAGGAUGAUCAGAACACCAAGCUGUCCCGUCUCGAUCUCGAUCAACUGUUGGAAAGCGCCGUGGAUUUGGAGACUGCUGGCGACACCCACACUUCCACGGGUGGCGAAGCUUUUGCCAAGCUGUUCAACGUGUCGGACAUAAAGGUUGGUGAUACCGACUGGGAUGACAUUGUGCCGCUCGAAGAACGGCAAAAGGCCGAGGAAGAAGAGCGGCAGCGCGCAGUCCAUGAAGCGGCCGCUGCAAGCUCAAGUCGCAGGCGCACAGCCGCUGACGAUGGCAUUGCUAAGACUGCCAAGGCGAAGGCUACCGGCUCGGACGAAGAUGUUGAAGACGAGGAUGAUGACGAGGAUGAAGAGGAUGACGACGAUGAGAAGGCUGGCGGCAAGCGCGCUCGCAAAAGCGGAGGUGCUGGGGGUGCGGCGCGCUUGGCAAAGCAGCGCAAGUCUGCCGCUGAGCGAUCCAUGGAUCUUUCGGACCGUGAUCUGCGAGUUCUCAUCCGGGGCAUUCAACGUUGGGGCGACAUACGCUGGCGUUACGACACCAUCGCCGGCGAGGGCAGGCUGCAUUCGAAGAAUAGAGCUGUUCUAGAAAGCUUCUCGGAUGACCUCAUCGCCGAGUCUGAGAAGGCGGCAGCUGCACAUGAGGAAGAGAAGCAAGCUGCUGCUGCCACCAGCCCCGAGGCUGCUGCCGCUUUGAGGCAGAAAGCUGUGAUGGUCACAGUCCGUGGUAUCUCAACCAACGGCGAGACAACGUUACUUCGUCACCACGGACUUCGAUUACUGUUUCAAAAGCUGCAUAAGCUCAGUGAAGACAAGCGCAUGAAGUGGAGCGUGCCCGUCGAGCAUCUGAAAGGCACAGCCAAUUGGGCGAAUGGAUGGGGCGACGAGCUCGACGCCAGGCUGCUGGUCGGAAUCUUCAAACACGGCUUUGGCUGCUGGGAGCAGAUAGAGGGCGACGACUCGCUGGGACUUAAGAAUUACUUCUUCUUGGAGGAAGGAAAGAAAAUCAUCGAGCCGAAGUCGGCUGCUGGUGCUGAGGGAACGCAUGCGGACGACGCCACACAGGCAAACGCGACACAGGCAGUCGAGAGCAAGCCCAAGCGCAAGUUACCGACCAUGGCCGCACGUCCCAUUCCCAAUGCUAUCCACCUUGUACGCCGCGGAGACUACUUGCUCCGUGAAAUGCUCGACGCAGACGAGCACCAGAGGCAGUUGCGCGACACAAAGCAGAAGAAUGGCAAGGAUGUCAAAGAAGCCAAGAGUGCUGCCUUCGCGGCCGAAAAGCAGACGGUUUCUGCACCUCACAACAAAAAGGCGCGAAAGACGAGCGAGGCACGCAGCGGCCACGACUCCCCAGUUCCCGCUCCUGCGCCUGGCAAGGCGAAGGGCAUCAAGUUGAGUAGACCAAAGAAAAGAUCACCGGCUGCGACCGUUAAACCAGAGGACACGCACACGGAGGAAGAGGAUAAAUCAUCUUAUUCCAGCAUGGACGAGGAGGAUUGCAAAGAAUUGAUGCGACCCUGCCGGAAGGAAUUGAAGCGUUUGAAGGAGACUGAAACCAUGUCGCGCGAAGACAAGGUCGUAGUGCUUAAAGAAAGCCUCUCGGCCAUCGGCGGCUGCAUUCAGAACAUCGCUACCCGCUUCAAAGAUCAGCCAGCCUCAGCGGCAGCUAGACAGCGGCGUCAUCUAUGGGCUUGGGCGGCCUUCUUCUGGCCGAGACCAGUCAAGGCAGCCCAGCUUCGCGGCAUAUACCGCAAGAUGACGGGCGCCAGCGACGUCGCCGCAUCGCCAAUUCCAGCACCUGCGGUAAUUCCGGCCGUCAAGAAAAGACAGCGUCCUUCGGAAGAUCAUGCGGCUCAUGUGCCAUCUCCCUUGGCUAUCAAGAGCGAUGCUAGCGCCAAAAAGCCCCGCAUUUCCCCUGUCAAUGGUGCGCCGAAGUCGGAUCACAAGGCUCCCGAACAGUCGCAAGCAGCUGCAGCGUCUCCAACGAGAGGGGAAGAUCCCAAGGCCACCACCGUGGCGGCUACAAACAGUGUCACUGUAGAAGACCGUAGUCGCGCUGGAUCCGUUCGCACGCUCGAAAAUUCGGCGCACGGGUCACCGUACAACAAGCCAGGUGCGCUGCCGCGUGCCAACGACUCGCCACGGCCGGCAGCACGUGCGUCUCCUCCAGAACGCCAACAUAACGGGAGCUCUUCGUCACAUCCUAACGAUCGCGACGCCCAUCGGCGGCCGCCCUCUGCAGAUCCACAUGCACAUCCCCAUGAAGUAGGACACCCGUAUCCUCAUCCGCGUCACCGCGAUGAGCUUAUGCGGGAGCAUAGUCGCGACUCUUACGGCCAAGAGCGAGAGCAUGACAUAGACAGAACCAGGUCAAGAGAGCACGGCUGGGAGCGUGGUCGCGAUCGGGAGCGGGAUCGAGAGCAUGACCGUGAUGCCUGGUAUGGCAGCAGGGAGCGGGCGCGCGAUUGGCGAGAUGAGCGCGAUCGAGCAUGGCACCAUGAGCACGACCGCGAACGCGCGCGGGACUGGGAUCGCGAGCGAGAAAUGUACGAGCGCGAUCGAUACUAUGAGGCCCGGGAUCGAGAGUGGCAACAUCAGAGCGGCUACGCGCGAGGAUACUCCGGCGCUUCGGGAGGAUACGCGGAGUAUCCCGACUACUACGACCGCAGAUGAUCGCUGGUCCGCGUCGUCGCCGGAUCCGUCUCGGCGAAUGUCCAUCGGACACUCUAUUCUAUACUCGGACUCCUCUCGUCUUUUGGCUUUCUCCAUUCGCAGUGUUCGCGCAGUCCGCUUGCCAUCCCCUCAUUCGCCCAUACCGUGGCUUUCGCAUCUUCAUCGGCACUGUGCGACCAAUUCCGACGCACUUUGGAACACCCUUUCGUAUGAAAGACAACUGAUCCCUCAGCAUGUAUCCCGCACGCCGGUCCCCUCUUCAUUUGUCCGCUCGAGUUCCGCGGUCCGCUACAGCACAUUCGUCAAUAAGACUCCCAUCUUCCAGCGUGCUGUCAAAGUGCACUGUCCGCUCUCGAAAUUCAGCAGUUCAUG